AUGAUGACGAUCAGCAGGGGCUCCCUGCCGGCCCUGCAAGAAGGGAGGUGGCUGCUCUUCGUGGUGUGCAACUUGCGGUACCUGAGAACCACCUCCAACCCCAGCUGCCCAGAGGCACGUCUGGACGUCGAGUUUCAUGCAGAGCAUCAGCAGCUGCAGAAACUGUGGACCGGCGCUGCCAUCAUGGUCCUUGGCCCUGCUCUGGCCUUGUUCUGCGUCAAUGCGAUGUAUUGGCUGCUGGGUAGGCUGACAUACACCUUCUUGAACCAUGUGAGCUCCGCGCCUCAGACGCGACACCGGCUGUGGCCGGUCUUCAUGCCUUUGCCAAGCUGUGAGCACUUGGACAUGGUUCGGGAGAAGUUGCAGCUCAUCUACCAGCCCAUACCCUUCUUUCCCGCCCUACUUGCUUUGAUGAUUGGCGUCUUCUUGGCAACAGCUGCCCAGUUCGUGAUCACGCACUAUGGCUUGAUGACAAGGACCGGAAACAGGGACAUUUGCUUCUACAACGAGAAGUGCUACCAUCCGGGUCUUGCGUGGGACAUCCCAUGGAACCACAUCUUGUCAAACCUUGCAUACUUCGUGGCCGGUGUGCACACCAUGCUUCAGACCUUCUUCGCGGAGAGCCGGUGUCGGCUCUUCAUGCGGAGGACCAUGGAGGCAUUAUUCCGGAGUGUUCAUCUGGAUCCCUAUGGUGGAAUUACCCGGCCGGAAUGGGCCAAGAUCUUCGAUGAUGCUGAUGUCAACAAGGAUGGGGUUGUGUCCAGACAAGAGUGGCAGGAGCAGCACCGAGACGUGGUCGCCUUUGACUUCAUAACUGAUGCCGGCCACCUCUCUCGUGAGGACUGGCUUGCUGCCUUUAAAAGGCUGGACGCCAAUGGCGACGGCGUGCUGACGAAAGCGAAGUUUCGCUUGGCAUCUCGCUCAAUUGAUGUUCGGACUUUCUACGCGAUCGGUACCACGUUCAUCGCAGAAGGUGUCGGCAGCAUGUGCUACCACCUCUGCCCAUCUGUGGAGACCUUUCAGUUCGACACAUGCUUCAUGAUCUCCAUUGCGCACUUGCUUACCAUGGCUCUCGCUGACUGGAGCCAGCCGAACUGCGACUCGACGGCGGCCCUCAAAUACUUCGUCUACAUCCUCACCCCGAUGUGGCUGAUCAACUUCAUCGGUACAUGGUAUGACAUAGAGGUCUUCAAUUCGACCUGGAUCUAUUGGACGUACACUUCCUUGGUGGUGAUGAGGGUCUUACAGAGCCUUGUGGUCUUCGUCGUGCUGCUGGUUUAUGUGGACCCGAGUGCGCGGGAAAGCCUCGGAGGAACAGCCAACACCUUCUUGCUCCUCUCCAUCGCUGUGAUGGUCGUAGUGGUGAGCCGGCAGAUCUACAUGCACGACUUGAGGUUCAUGGUGUGCAGCGUCGCAGGCAUAGGCUCACGCAUCCUCAAGUACAGCUAUCUCGCCGUCAUGGUCGUUGUUGGCAUGAUCUCACUCCAGUGCUUUGACGAGAAGGUUGUCAUCGUGGCCCCUGAAGCAACGCCAGCCCAGAGCCACGACGCCAACCAAGACUGCGUGUUUAGCAUCUUCGACUUGCAUGACUGUUGGCACCUCCUCUCUGCGGUGGCGCUGGCGCUCUUCAGCAUGUUCAUUCUGGACAUCCGGGUCAAUUCCUGGGCUCGGAACUCGGGGAUCCAAGUCAUCGCCGAGCAGCCGGCAGACCACUACUCCCGGGUUCUCUCCGAACUCGAUGCCGAGGCUAGUAGCGAAGACUUUGUCGAUACCGUGCCAGAGCCCAUAGAAUGCUCGGUGUUCUUACUUGGCUCAGCUCUUGGUCUCCGCGAUGAUGUUGGCAGACUGACGAUGGAUGUUUCUCGAGAAGCGAAUGGCUACGUUAUUGAUUCCGAACCCUGCAACCCGCCAAGUGGCAGCAACUACUGCCAGGCGUCUGUACAAUCCGCCCUGGCUGGGCUUCAAGGUCUUCAGGACCCCGGAGCUCGGAUUGGCGCAGUUCUCGCCGUGCAGGACCAAUCUUCCGAGGCUUGCUGCAUGCAGGGCACCGACUACGACGAGUUUGUGUUCGAGAACGCGCCAAAGCACGACCUGAGGAACACCAGCACACCCUUGUUCGACAGCAGCACUGCACUGGUCAUCAUCGAUGUGCAAAAGGACUUCACUGUCGGUUCCUUCGCGCAGCCUUGCUGGGGCCAGGGCGGCGAAACCUUCCUCAGGAAAACGACGCAGCUUAUUCGGGCAGCUGCCGAUGCUGGUGCCACUGUCAUCGCCAGCAAAGAUAUCCACCCCAGCAACCACUGCAGCUUUGCCGGGGAGGACAGGUGCCGGAACCAGAAGGACACGACCGAGGGAACCGCCACAGCCAGGUACGUGAAUGAGUUCCCAAGCCACUGCAGCUUCGACAUGAAGGAUGGCCAUGUUGUGCCGCAGAAGGCUCCCGAGACACCUUUCUGCAGAUUCCUGGAGUCCAUCGAGGUCAAGGUUCCCCUUUGUGCUCUCUCCGACUUUGUUGGCGCUGACUUCGAUCCAACCUUGGCGGAGGCCCUUUCUUUGGUGGAUCGCAGUCAGGUGGAAGUUGUCUUCAAAGGCUUCCACGCGAACUACGACUCCUUCAGCGCCAUGGAGCACCGCGAAACAAAGGAAGGUGCCAUGCGGGUUCAGGAUGAGGAGAGUGCGGCCACAGGUGGCUUUGCCUUGCCCGCCGCUCGCGAUGACGCCUGCCACGGCAGGUGGGACCAGGUCGAGUGCUAUCCCACAAAGGCGGAACUCGACGACCCGAGUGCAGGACGCCGCAGCUUCGCAUCGAUCCUGACGGCCCGUAACAUCAGGAAGAUGGUGGUCAUCGGCCUGGUCUACGACUUCUGCGUUAAGGAAACUGCCAUCUUCACCAAGGAGAACAGUCCCUCAACACAGGUCCGGGUUUUGGCUGACCUCACCCGGCCCAGCUUCGAUGGUAAGCCAGGGGCACCCUACACCUCCGGCCUCUGUGAUGGUCAGGAAUCUGCGAACGGGUUUUGUGCGGAAGGCGGUGGUACCAAACCCAUGUACCAGAGGGUCCUGCAAGACUUCCUGGCGAAUGGCGUGGAGGUGAAGCGCCUCGUGGAGCCCACGUGUGCCUGA